ACAUUGCGCAUGCAUGCUAAAGAGAGAGUGGUAGGAUAGUCCUUAUACAAUAUUUUUAAAGUAAAUUUUGUCAUAUAUCAUUCCACCAGUGAUGUGAUGUAGAAUGAAAAUUCAAAUCAAGAGAGCUAGUGCAGAACUUUCUGGUUUUAAAACGGUUGAGUCCCCCCAAAAGUAUAAUGAGUUCAGGAUGUUAAAGAGUUGAAAAUCUCUUUUAUGAUGGAGCAAGUGAUGACGUGUACAUCAUUGACAAUACUGAGUGUGAUCAUCUUUAGUUGUUCAUUUCCAUCGACUGCUUUUGUCACAAAGGAACUUAGGAACCCAAAUCAGAAACAUGAGUUUACACUCAUGUCAAAGUAUGGAUCUGACAUGAUAAUUGUAGGUGGAACCAACUAUAUUUACAGAGUUUUUUCUGGGAAUUUAAGCAUAGCACUUUCAGAGAAAAUCGGACCACAAGAGGACAACCCAAAUUGUAUGAAUAUAGAGAAUGUUGCAUGUAAAAAGGAGUUGUAUGACAGUUAUGUGAAGGCACUCCUUAUUAAUAACAACAUGGAGCAGCAGCAGGAGGAAAUUAUCAUGUGCACAAGUUUGCAUCAAGGAAGUUGUGUAAAGCGAAAUGCGACAACCCUAGAAUUGCUGCCUGGUUGGGUGAAGAGGUUGACAGUACAACCUGUUGUAGCUAACAAUAGAACUGCUACCACUGUAGCAUUUCUGGCACCUGGGCCAAGUGCAGAUGGAACCUCUCAAUCUACGGCUAUGUAUGUUGGGGCUUCCUGGACUAACACCGGACUAAGGGCCAUUAGAAGUCUGGUACCAGCAUUUAGUAGCAGAAACACUGUUGAUUUUGAAUUCACAUGGAAAGACAUAGCAACAAAUUCUUACACAAUGGUGGAUGAAAUCAAUAGGGAUUCAUUCCCUAUUAGAUACAUCUAUGGGUUUGCUUCCGGAAACUUCAGUUAUAUCGGGACAAUUCAAAAAAUUAGUGUUGCUGCUGAGGAUUAUAUUUCAAAGUUAAUCAGAGUGUGUCUGUUUGAUAAACACUUUUAUUCUUAUGCAGAGACUGCUUUAAAGUGUGAAUACAAUGGAAAGUUAUACAAUUUGUUACAAACUGCUCAUGUAAGUAAACCUGGCAUUCACUUGGCUGCUGCUCUUGGAAUCUCAAAAGACGAGGAUGUAUUGUUUGGAAUGUUUGGACAUGGAAAUCCCAAUGACCCAAUAAAGAACAACAAAGAAUCUGUUAUGUGUGUGUAUCCAAUGCGUGCUGUAAAACAGGUUUUUACUCGUAAUAUACAGAAGUGUUUUGCGGGUGAAGGUAGAACUGGGCCUGACCACAUUGCUUCUCCCAGAAAUUGUCAGCUAACAACAAAGAUUGACAUUGGAGAUGAUUAUUGUGGGAAUUAUGAUUUUAACACUCCUAUCAAUGGUCCAGAGCCUGUCACCUCCUCCAGAGCCAUCAGCAUUAAUGCCACUGCUUCAUCUCUCAUAGUUACCACAACACAUGCUGGUUACACAGUAGCAUUUAUUGGCACAAGGACGGGGCAUGUGAAAAAGGUUGCAGUAGAAUCGAAUACCAUUGCCAAAGAAUGCAAAGAUGUGGUUGCUGAAUCUAAUGCAGAGAUUUUAAAGGAUCUGUUUUUUGAUGAUAGCAAACAGCAUCUAUAUGUCUUGACACCAAACAAGAUUCUAAAAUUGGCUGUCCAAAACUGCAGCCAAUUUACAACGUGUGAAGAAUGUAGUGGAGCUAUGGAUCCAUACUGUGGAUGGUGCUCAUUGGAAAACAGGUGUACACUAGCUCAGGAUUGUUUGGAUUACAGUUCACAUCUAAAAUGGAUGGGAUACAGUGGAGACACUUGUACAAAAAUUACACAGGUGUAUCCUGACAAAAUCCAAAAAGACAAUAAGCUGACAAAAACUACCACACUGACAUUGAAUAUAUCCAAUCUACCACUUUAUGUUGGUUCCUACAAGUGUGCUUUCUAUGGAUAUGGAAAAAAAAUAGAGACCAUUGCCAACAGAACUAGUCCUAAUGUGGUGAAAUGUAGCACCCCUAUGCCUAAUGAAUUGCCACCAUUCCCAACAGGAACAGACCACAUCACAAUGGGGUUGUCUGUCAUCAUCAAUGAACUUGACUUUGUGUCAGCCAACUUUACGUUUUUUGAUUGUGAAGUACACACCAAAUACUCAUGUUAUAGAUGUACAUCUAGCAGAUUCAACUGCACAUGGUGCAUCAAGAACCACCUGUGUACUCACCAUCCUGUGAUAGACUGUAGCACUAACGAUGAUUUUAUAUCAGGACAAAAUAGUGCGGGGAUAUCUGUUCUUCAUGAGAGUGGACCAAACUUUUGUCCUAGUAUUGAUCCAAGCAAGGAGCAGAAUAUUUUGGUGCCAUCAGGAACGGAAAAGGAGAUAUCUCUCAGUCUGAAAAAGUUAAAGCCUUAUCAGAGACCAAUCCGGUGUGCAUUUGCAUUUAACUCACAGACAGAACCCCAGGGAGAGAUUGCUGAAGUAGUGGAUUUGUCAGUAGUCCUAAUGAUCAAGUGUAAAAGGACUAGAUUUUUCUACUCUGGGAACUCAGAGAGUUACAAUGUACCCAUGAAGAUUCUUUGGGGUGAUCAGUAUCCUAAGCCUUUGGAUAAUCCUCACAAUGUACAAGUGAUAAUGUACAAAUGUCAGAACAUGGCUGAUACCUGUGGUGAAUGUCUAACCCAGCCAGAGGAGUACACUUGUGGAUGGUGCAAGAAGACCAGUCAGUGCAGCUUACAGUCAUCAUGUGUGUCUCCAACCAGUAGCUGGUUACCCAAUACUUCCAACUGUCCAGAUCCCACCAUAACAAGAAUAUAUCCCCUGACUGGACCAAAAGAAGGUGGGACCUUAUUGACCAUUGAAGGACGAGAUUUGGGAAAAUCUUAUGAAGAUAUAGUCAGCAAUGUGGAUAUAGCAGGUGUUCUGUGUUCUCCUAUCCGUAAAGAAUAUGUUGAAUCCAAAAAAAUUGUGUGCACAACUGGUCAAUUUCAUGGAAAUGAGGAGAGGUCUGAUCGAGUGAGGGUGACUGUUGCUCUUAGUCUGACAGCUGUGUCCGAUCAAGUUUUUACUUAUGUUGACCCAGAAAUAAAUGACAUUACACCCACCCAAGGUCCCAAAUCUGGUGGAACCAGAGUCACCAUCUUUGGAAAGAACUUAGAUGCUGGAACCGAAAGAAGAGCGUACUUUGGUCUCAGAGAUUAUGAAUGUAAACUUGCAAGUGCCACAAGGUCACGUAUAACUUGUGUGACAGCCAGAGCCAAUAGCACCCUGAUCACCAGGGCCCUGUACAUGCAGUUUGAUAAUCAGCAGGUGAACAGCCAGCUGACAUACCAGUAUGUGGAGGAUCCCAAUGUGACGGAGGUCAACAGAAGGAUCUCCUUUGUCAGUGGAGGAUUGAAAGUCUUGGUUAAAGGCAAUGGUUUCCUGCCAAUCCAAAAAUCUUCCCCUAAAAUGGUCUUCUACAGUGGUGAUGCAACCAGUCAAAAGUCUUCGUAUUUUGGGGAUUGUCAAGUCUUGAAUGAUGUCACAAUGGAGUGUAACACACCACAGGUAGAAACUGCACUGAUCACCAAAAGACCACAUACGAACGACCAACAGGGUUUAGCUUUUGGAUUUAUCAUUGACAAUGUCCAAAAUAUUCGGAACUUCAGUGCCACUCAAGGUGGAUUUUUCCAGAUUUGUCCAGAUCCAGAAAUCAGUGUUUUCCCCAAUGACAAAAUUAAGUCAUUCCAGUGGAAGAGUAAUGAAUUUUUAACAAUAAGUGGAGCCAACCUUGAUCAGCUUCGUUUGGAGAAGGAUGAUGUAGUGAUAAAAAUUGGGAAAAGUGAAUGCAAUAUAACAUCUACUGGAAGACAGUUAACUUGUCGACCCCCAAAGUCCCCUCCUACACCCAUGAAGAAUGGACGAUACCCAGAGGUGGAGGUAACUAUUGGGAAAAACUUGACGUUCUUUGUGGGUUACCUGAAGUAUGAGGAGACCGAGUUGGCCCUCCCACUGGAAUACAUCAUCCUGAUCAGUGUAGGGGGAGGGGUUCUCAUUCUGUCUGUUAUUGUUGUCAUCAUCAUGUAUAGAAUGAAAAGCAAGAAGAACAACAGCAUGAUGAAAAAGAUGCAAAUACAGAUGGACAAUCUGGAGUCUAAGGUGGCAAAGGAGUGUAAAGAAGCAUUCGUGGUUCUACAAACAGACAUUGACCAACUGAUGAAUGACUACAUGUCGGGGAACAAUGCUAUUCCUUUCUGGGACUAUCGUUCCUAUUGUAUGAGAGUUCUGUUUCCUCAGGAUGGAGACACAAAUCACCCAGUCAUCAAAGAUUUAGAGGUGGAGUAUGCCAGGCGGGACAAUGUGGAGAAGGGCCUGAAGCUGUUCUCUCAGCUAAUCAGCAACAAGACAUUUUUGCUGAUAUUUGUAAGGACUUUGGAGGGGCACAAGCAAUUCAAAAUGAGAGACAGAGUCAAUGUAGCUUCUCUUCUUUCAGUAGCCCUGCAGACAAAAAUGGAAUAUGCUACAGACAUCCUUAAAACUCUUUUGGCUGAACUUAUUGAAAAGUCAGUUGAUGGCAAAAACCACCCAAAACUGCUGUUAAGAAGAACAGAAUCUGUGGCAGAAAAAAUGCUGACAAACUGGUUCACAUUCUUGCUAUAUAAAUUUUUGAAGGACUGUGCAGGGGAGCCAUUGUUUUUGUUGUAUCAAGCCAUGAAGAAACAAGUUUCUAAAGGACCAGUUGACAUGGUUAACAGCGAAGCUAGGUUCUCAUUGAGUGAAGAUAAAUUGAUUCGACAGCAGUUGGAUUACAGACAAAUGGAGAUCUUUGUGACAGACUUGCAUGAGUUUUCCUCUCCCAUUCCGGUACGAGUGCUGGAUUGUGACACCGUAUCACAAGUGAAGGAGAAGAUACUGGAUGUGUUGUAUAAACAUGUUCCCCAUAGUAGCAGACCUGUGAAAGAAGAUGUUGACUUAGUUUUGUAUGAUAAAUCUGCUCAUACCACAGAGUGGACCAAUGUGAACAAAGGAGGAAGGCUGAUUCUCCAGGAUGACGAUUCCACAACGCGAGUGGAGGGAGAGUACAAACGCUUGAACACACUGAGUCACUACAAGGUCCCUGAUGAAGCACUGAUGUCCUUGGUGGAGAAACAACCACCAUCUUACAACAAUCUGUCUUUGACAAAUUCAGAAAAGUCUACCAGAUUCUAUGUUCCAGAGAAAUUUCAACCACAGCACAUGAGAACUUCCUCUUUUCAACGAAAUCUUUCUCCACAAGAAAAUGUUCCAUUUUAUGCCAGAAGUCCAUCUUUAAAUCGAUCUAUUAGCCCUCAAGACGUUCAUAUUGACCUUGAUAAUUAUGGGGUGAAGUAUUAUCAUUUAGUGAAGCCUCACGAUAGUGAUCCUAAUGGAGAUGGAAAUCGUGGGAGUAAGAUGGUGUCAGAAAUCUACCUCACACGUUUGUUGGCUACAAAGGGAACCCUGCAGCAGUAUGUGGAUGACCUGUUUGAGAGAAUAUUCAGCACUGCCCACCGUGGCACUGUGCUUCCAUUGGCUAUUAAAUACAUGUUUGAUUUCCUUGAUGACCAAGCACUUCUGCAUAACAUUAUGGACACAGAGGUGGUUCAUACCUGGAAAUCAAAUAGUCUUCCACUGAGGUUUUGGGUGAAUGUUAUAAAAAAUCCAAAUUUUGUGUUUGACAUUUACAAAUCCAAUAUAGUGGAUUCUUGUCUUUCUGUGGUUGCUCAAACUUUCAUGGACAGUUGUUCUAUGAGUGAACAUAGACUUGGCAUAAAUUCUCCCUCUAGUAAGCUCUUGUAUGCCAAAGAUAUCCCAAAGUACAAGAAAUGGGUGGAGAGAUACUACCAGGACAUCAAGAUGAUGCCAGCUAUUAGCGACCAAGACAUGACGGCCUUGCUGACAGAUGAAUCCAGGCAACAUGCAGAUGAUUUCAACACAACAGCAGCCCUUUAUGAACUUUACAAAUAUAUUCAGCAGUACUACGAAGAUAUCAUGGUAGCAUUAGAAGAAGAUGAAUUUGCCAAGAAGAAUCGACUUACUUACAAACUGGAACAAGUCAGACUCGCAAUGGAUGCAGAAGUGUAUUGUUAAUUUUUCCUUGAAGCUUUGUUGGAAGUUGAUCUGUUAACUUAUAAUUUAGACUUGUGGUUGGAAAUGAAAACUAAUGACUUCAAAGUUGAACUUGUGUACGGUCUUGAGAACUGCUGACGAGCAAGUUAGACUUUUGGUUGGACUUGAGAACUGCUGAACUACAGUUUAGACUUGUGAUUGGACUAAAGAAUUACUGAUGCUUGCCAUGACUGUUGGUUGUCAUAUAUGCUAUUAUUUUCCAUAUGGUGAUAUAUUCUUUUAAUAUAGAGACAGCUGUGUGCCAUAUUUCAUGAAACAAAAUUUUUAUUUCAACCAAUGAAAAUGCUGCUGAUAAUGUGUAUUUUGUGGAUUUAUGUGUAGUAAUUUUAUCCAUAUGUAUUUUGAUAUAAUAUUUUACAAAGCUUUAAUUAUGCUGUUUUGUUUAGAUCUGACUUUGAGAGUAUCCCAAAUCAUUGAGCCACUGAAAUAUCAGCCACCAUUGACUGUCUAUGCAGCACACAUGCUGUUGCUUUUGCUAUUUUAGAGUUGUAUAUUUGUGCCAAAGUACAUAUAGAUAGAUGAUCAUUAUUUUUUUCAUCCUCAUGAUAUCAUUCAGUUUUCUCUUUGUGUGAUAAGAUUUUGCUCAUAUUGUAGAAAUGAAAUGCUCUCCACAGAAGAAGUGUCAUAUGUAUUUAUCAUAAGUAAUGCUCAAAAGAUUGGACUUGCAUUAAUAAUAGUAGGUUGUAAGACAUAGUACUUAUCUGUAGUAUUACUACAGUACAUCUUGUUUAAUGGAUUUCACCAUUGUUACAGUUGAUAAAAAUUCUUAUCAAAAAGGCAUUAUUUGUAUAUAUAUCUAUGUAUUUUUAAAUAUUCAAAGUGAUGUAUUUAUGUAAUAAAGUGGUUGGAUUUUCUAUCAUUUAUAAAAUAUUGUUUAUAUUUUAGAGUAAAAUUAGUUUUCAAGAUACCAAACUACUGAAGUUCAACAAAGUGUGUAAUCAAGAUAGAAAUUAAGGAAUUUCAAGUAUGAAAUUUGGAAAUCUAUUAUUACAGUUUGCUGAUAUGUGAAAAACUUUUUCUUUCCUGAAGAUUUGGGGGGGGGGGGGGGGAAUUAUAAUUAUAUUCUAACAAAAAAUAAGUCUUCAGAAAUUGAUAGAAAUGGCAGCUGAAGAAAAUUUUAUUUGAUAAGAAUGUGUCAUAUCAUACAGUUGAAUAUGUAACUGAUUGAUAUAUACAGUAAGUUCAUAAAGCCUCAUAUAUAUUUUAGCUCACCUGGGCCGAAGGCUCAAGUAAGCUUUUCUGAUCAAAACUUGUUUUUCAUUAGUGUGGUUGUAAACUUUCAAAUUUUCCUCUUGGCCAAUUUCAACCAAAUAAUUUUGGGUGAAGGGGAUUAAAGUUUGUUCAAAUGAGGGGCAAUGCCAAGGAGAGAGGGGAUUAAAGUUUGUUCAAAUGAGGGGCAAUGCCAAGGAGAGAUAAUAGCAAAAAUACACUGACAACUUUAAAAAUCUCCAGAACCAGCGGGCCAAUUUCAUUCAAACUUUAUACAAAUCAUCUACGGGUGAAGGGAGUCACGUUUGUCCAAAUGAAGGGUAAAAAUAGUCUGGAGUCAUUUAAAAAUCUUCUGAUGAAGAACUUGUGGGCCAGAAGAGUUCAAAUUUGCAUGGCAACUUCCUGACAUAGUGCAGAUUCAAGUUAAUUAAAACCAUGGCCCCCAGGGGUAGGGUGGGGUCACAAUAGGGGAUCAAAGUUUUACAUGCAAAUAUGUAGGAAAAAUCUUCCUUAAGAACCACUGAGCCAUAAAAGUUCAAAUUUGCAUGACAGCUUUCUGAAGUAGUGCAGAUUCAAGUUUUAAAAAAUCAUGAUCUCGGGGGUUGGUUGGUUGGGACCAGAAUAGGGGAUAAGUCUUACAAGCGAAUAUAUAUGGAAAAUCUUCUCAAGAACCACUUGGCCAGAAAAGUGCAAAUUUAUGUGGAAACUUUCUGACAUAGUGCAAAUUCAAGUUUAUUAAAGUCAUGCCCCCCCUCCCCCCUCCCCUUGGGGUAUGGUGGGGUCCUAAUAAGGGAAUCAAAUUUUUACAUGCAAAUAUGUAUGAAAAAUCUUUUACAAUCUUCUCAAGAACCACCAAUUCAGACAAAUUCAAAUUUACAUGACAGCUUCCUGACAUAGUUCAGAUUCAAGUGUGUAAAAAUCAGGGGUAGGGUGGGGCCACGAUAGGGGAUUGAAGUUUUACCUGCGAAUAUAUAGGGAAAAUCUUUAAAUAUAAGUCAAGGUGACUCAGGUGAGCAAUGUGGUCCAUGGGCCUCUUGUUUUAAAUGUUUGAAUCUACAGUGUAGUAUAUUUCAACCUUAAAAAUGUUUAUAAACACAGGAACACUUUUUCUACUAAGUGAAAUUCUGACUGUGUUUCAUAUGUACAUAUAUUCUUCAUUAUGUCAGAAUGUUUAAAUAUUCCUGCAUGCAUAUGGGACAUCAUGUAUAGUCACUUUUACAACAAUUUAGACAUAUAUACUAUAAGCAUGAAUUGAUAAAGCUUGCAUUUGUCACAAAACUUUCAGAGUAUUAUUAUGGAGAGAGUCCCAUUGUUUUUGUGAUAAUGAGGUAUAGGUAGAUUUGAAGGGACCAACUUGUACCUCUGCAAUGUUGUUACUUCCUCCUGUGUGUGAGCAGACAGUUUGUGGGAUAAGAACAUUUAUUUGUCAAAGGUGCUGUGCACUGUAGGUUAUACUGUCCUAGAUUUUUACAUUUUUACUAGUGCAUGUAGUUUUACCUAAUAUAAACUGAUAUGACGUCAAAA